AUGAGUAGUGCUACACGUCCCGUCCGUCGUUCACGGCGUAAUGUUAACACAGCAACGACAAGCGCAACGCAUCCAGAUGACGCAAUAUCGGUGGAUUUAUCAGGUGGUGACACGUCACCUCCCACUCGACGGCGUCGUCUUAAUAGUGACGAUCCCAUGGAAGGAUGCUCCAGAAGAGAAGGGGUCAGUACAAGAAGAAAAACAGACGCGAGAAUAGAACUGGGCGUUCGGCUAAUGGCCCAAAUGCGACUCAUUCAUAAUACUAGAAGAACUGUUGCAUUAGAGAGGACAAGUAUUGGAAAUGGAAGUGAGGAUCAAAUUGAUGCUGGGGUUGUUGGUAGCGAAUUGAAAUUUGAAGAUAGCGCGGGCUUUGGAAUGUCUCUGGAUUCGCUAUUAGGUUCAGAAGCAAAACGUGAGGAUAUUGUCACUUCAAAACAAUACAUUCGACCAAUUUUGGAUGCAUCAGAAACGUCUCUUUUGCCCAUUGAAAUAAAAGUGGAGGAAAAUAGCGCAGCAUCACCUUGCUCAUCAUAUCUGGAGCAACAACCAUCCACUUCAACGGUUGCAGCACAUCCGACGUCUUCGAUACCGUCAGCCACGGCUCAUUCUACACCUCGAAGUUCCUCAGCGGCUGGAGUAGAGUCAAGUGUUGAACGAGUGGCUAAACAGGAAGCUCAAGUGUUAGCACGAAUUGCUGAACUUCGAAGACAAGGUCUCUGGACAGCAUCUCGAUUACCAAUGAUUGAAAUGCCUCCACGAAAUAAAACACAUUGGGAUUAUUUGUUGGAAGAAAUGCGCUGGAUGGCUAUAGAUUUUCGUCAGGAACGAACUUUUAAACGUCAGGCAGCGAAAAAGUUCUCAUAUCAAAUUGCACGGAUGUUGCGAGAUCGAGAACAAGAAAAGGAACGAGCACAACAACGAGCCGUAAGGGAAGCAAAACGUGUUUGUGCGCUUAUCGCAAAAAUGGUUCGAGACUUCUGGCAGAAUGUUGAUAGAGUGGUUGAUUUACGUGCACAGGAGAUAAUUGAAUCAAUGAAGCGGAAAGCGUUAGACCAACAAUUGGAAAUGAUGGUAGGUCAUGCCGAUAAAUUGAGUGAAAUGGUGCAGGAAGGUUUAAUAGGCGAAAGAUCGAGCAGAGCAUCAUCAUUGCGGAGUGGUGAUAUUAUUAGAGAUGAAGAUGCUGCAAGUUUCUCAACCGAUUCGGAUGAUAUUUCUAUCUCUGAUGCUGAAGCAGGGGAUGGGAAUGUUGAGGAGGAAAUGCAAGGAUUGGUGGUCGAAGGGAGUCUUGAACUUGAUGAUUUUCUUGACUCGCUUCCACGGGGGUAUCUGGAAAGUCUUUCAAAGUCGGAACAACAACAGGACUUGUUUGAGCCUACACAGGGUACAUCUGCGGAUUGUAAACGUCCAGAAGGAAGUGAAGUAUCUACUGAAUACACAGCAUCGGAAAUCACACAGGAAGAAGACUCGACACGUCAUAGUGCAUCCAUUACGCAAAGUAUUUCAUCGGUAUCGGAAAAGGAAACUUCUGAUCUUACUCAUGUAGAAAAUGUGGAAAAAGGCGCGAUAGGCGCUGCGAUAAAUUAUGAUCGAUUGACAUCAGAAAAUAGUGAAGAGCGACAGAAGGAGUUAGCAAAUAUUGCAGAGGAGGCUUUGAAAUUUCAGCCAAAAGGGUUCACCUUAGAAACAACACAAGUGAAGACGGAAGUACCGCAUCUGGUUAGGGGUGCGUUGAGGGAAUAUCAAAUGGUUGGCUUGGAUUGGUUAGUGACUUUAUACGACAAUGGCUUGAACGGCAUCUUAGCUGAUGAAAUGGGUCUAGGGAAAACGAUACAAACGAUAGCGCUGCUUGCACAUCUGGCAUGCAAAGAGUAUAUUUGGGGUCCACAUCUCAUUGUUGUACCAACAUCGGUGAUCUUGAAUUGGGAAAUGGAAUUAAAAAAAUGGUGCCCAGCUUUCAAAUUACUCACUUACUUUGGUAAUCAAAAAGAACGAGCUGAAAAACGGAAAGGUUGGUCUAAAACCAAUGCUUUCCAUAUUUGCAUCACUUCAUAUAAAAUUGUUACGCAAGAUAUUCGGUCAUUUAAACAUAAGACUUGGCAGUAUUUUAUCCUGGAUGAGGCACAAAAUAUCAAAAAUUUCAAAAGCCAACGUUGGCAAACGUUACUCAACAUCCGUGCUCGCCGUCGUUUACUUUUGACGGGUACGCCGCUGCAAAAUUCUUUGAUGGAACUUUGGUCUCUUAUGCACUUUUUGAUGCCAGCUAUUUUUGCAUCGCAUAACGAUUUCAAAGACUGGUUUAGUAAUCCUCUAAAUAAUAUGAUGGAAGGUAAUACAGAAUGGAAUGCUUCUCUAAUACAGAGACUCCAUAAAGUACUGAGGCCAUUCAUUUUGCGACGCUUGAAAAGUGAUGUGGAGAAACAGCUGCCAGAGAAGACGGAACAUAUCAUCAAAUGUCCUUUAUCGAAGCGACAGCGAUGUCUUUAUGAUGAUUUCAUGUCCAGAAGAUCAACGAGAGAAAAUUUGCGGUCAGGUAGUGUCAUGUCAGUGUUGAAUAUUGUUAUGCAGCUCCGGAAAUGUUGCAACCAUCCGAAUUUAUUUGAACCGCGACCGAUAUUGUCACCUUUUGUAAUGCAACGUUUUACCGUUACUUUGCCGGGUAUACUGUUAAACAUUUGUCAAGGAAAGGACCUCGAAGAAACGAAUAUUUUGGACCUAUUCGAAAUUUCAGCUUCACAUGGUUCUCUAUUUGCAUACAGCGAAGGACGUCGUCUAGCUAUUAAUGAACAAUUGUUGAACGAUCAUCUUUCAAGUGCGGUCGAUGUGCCAAUGCCAAAUUUAGGAGGGUUUCAUUUAUCACGACCACCACCGCAGCUGCAUCCACAACCGCAGACGAGGGAAGGAUCAAAAGUUUUCAUGCCAGUUCCAUUGCCAGCAGCAGGCAUUCCACGAGGAAACGAGUUGUAUGUUUCCGUCGAUGAUCUUGGCAAUGCACGAGUUUAUCAACUGGUAGUUGAUAGCACUGGUGGUCAUACAGUUCGUGAAUGUGAGCCAAGUUCUGUAGCUGGCAGCAGUCUCUUAGUUUCUAGUGCAGCAACUUCGCAGAAUGCUACUUCUGUUACUUCUGCUUCUAAAACAUCAGCUGGAACUUCGAUGCAACCAACGUUGCAAACAUCACCAAAACUUUUGUCAGCAAAACAGAGCGCGGUAGAACCAACAACUACAUCCUCAUCCACAGCUGUUCCAUUGCUUAAACCAGCAUUUCGUUCCACAACGAUUUUGUCGCAAACACGCCCUUCAACUGACGCUUCCGCAAAGGGUACCGGGACGGUUAACAAUGGCUGCACGCCACUUCCUGAAACUCAUAUUGCUGCAACCUUCCCGAUAAGUCGGGCACAACAAGUGAAGUUAUUAGAGCCGGAAUCUGCUAGUGUGGGUAGUGUCGACACCGCCGUUGGUAUCAACCGAAUUCAAGUCGAGAUGAUGGAAGUUGAUGAAGUGAAACCAGCCAUAGCUGCAGAACAGGCCACUGAAAAAUCAGACUUAUAUGAUUUCCUUGUUUUGCCCGAUACAUCGAAAACUAUGGAACAGAUAAAAGUGGAAAGGUUGCAACGCUGUGCAGCAAUUUGCUCUCGGCGUUUACUGUUUCCCAACGUUUGUCGCACGCCGUUGGUAUCAGAUGAACUAUUAUUUGUUAUCAAAAAAGAACUGGGGCGAAAGAAACAUCAUCGUAAUUUAUCAGCAACAGAUUCGUUGGGAUGGUUGGCACAAUCGCUGGUUGAUUGGACUAGUGAUGCAUCACAAAGGUUCACUGUUUUCGUACAUGGGGCUCUGGCAGAUGAACCUGUUUUGCAAAUUAAUACUACUGGAUGUCAUGCCUACGUGCGAAAAGAAUGGGAUGAUUUGAAUGAAGAAUGUCAUCGUAUAGUAUUGGAUUCUGACAGGCUAUUUUGUCACAUAGAUAUGAUGCAAAAGCUCCAGUUUCCGGAAUUGCGGUUAAUUGAAUAUGAUUGCGGUAAACUACAAAUCCUAAAUAGCCUACUGCGUGAUCUCUUCCUGUACAAACAUCGUUGUUUGAUUUUUACGCAAAUGGCACGGGUUUUGGAUAUCUUGCAAGCUUUCUUAUCGUUCCACGGUUAUCAGUAUUUCCGAUUGGAUGGAACGACUGGAAUUGAAGAGAGACAGGCAAUGACGGAACGCUUCAAUGCAGAUCCAAAGAUAUUCUGUUUCAUUUUAUCAACUCGAUCAGGUGGCAUAGGUGUUAAUUUAACUGGUGCAGAUACAGUGAUUUUUUAUGAUUCCGACUGGAAUCCAACGAUGGAUGCACAAGCGCAAGAUCGCUGUCACCGUAUUGGACAAACGCGAAACGUCACAAUCUAUCGUUUAGUCAGUGAGCGAACAAUUGAAGAAAAUAUUCUGCGAAAAGCGAUGCAGAAGCGACGUCUCGGUGAAAUGGCUAUUGACGAGGGGGGAUUUACACCAGAAUUUUUCAAAGGUGAUAAUGUGAGAGACCUGUUUGAAGGUGUUGCAAACGUAGCCGACGUCGUUGCUCCAGUUGCCGUGGCAGAUAAUAAAGAAAUUGAAAAAGCCAUGGCAACGGUUGAAGAUAUACAAGAUGUUCAUGCAGCACAACGUGCAAAUGCUGAAGUAGAAGCAGAUAUUGCGGAGUUCGAUGAAAAUGCUCUAGUAUCUUCCACUGAGAACAGUCAAGAGAAAAUUGAAUCCAAAUAUUUAGAACUAAUAAAUCAGUUAAAACCAAUUGAACGAUAUGCAGUCAAUUUUUUGGAAGCGGAAUACAAACCAGAAUUUGAAGAAGAAGUAAAAGAGGCUAAGGCAUUGAUUGAUUCGAAAAAGGAUGAAUGGAUUAAAGCUCAAGAGGAUGUGAUGGAGGAAGACAGUGGCGAACAGCAGAGCGAUGAUGAGAUCUCAUUGACAUAUCUUACUGGAUUCGAUGUUCCUGGUUCUGUGGACGAGGUACGCUCAAAAGCAUCGGCAUCACGUUUAGCUACACUUAGACCUCAAUUGCAUAAACCACAUCCGCACAACUUACGCUCAGCAACAUUCUCUGCGUUGAAAAUACGUUCGUCCCCACGUCUUAUUCAGACUAAGGCGAUGCACUCUCCUUCGGAAAAUGCAAUUGCUAACAAAACAGUAGUUACUAAAUUGCGAAAAACGACGGAUAAGAUUAAUAUACAAACUCAAUCCGAAUUUGAAAUUAAUCCAUCGUCAUUAACUUCAAAAUCGCAAUCCAAAUUCUUCUCUCAAAAGUUAUCGACCGAGAAGUUGCCUAAAGCAACGCAAUCGCGACAAACAAGACCCGGCAUGAAAGAAAGUUCUUGUGCAAGAGUUGUUCCACUUUCGGUUGCUUUUACCAAAGCAUCAGCUGCAACACGUUGCAUAUCCAGUUCCACUUAUACGUCAAAUUCUCCAAUUUCUUCAUUUAGUACUCCAUCGUUUUCAUUAUUACCGUCAACUUCUUCCAGUUCUAGGACUUCGUCGAGGACUAACACUUUUACUAGUUUUUCGCCGCCAUUGUCAGCCUCUUAUCCUGUUUUGGAAGGUAACAGGACGUCAUUGAUGCGUCAUCAGACAUUCUCAUCAUCAUUUGCCACAAGUUCAUAUAGGCCAUCGCAGCAGCUGCAUACGACUGCUGGUCCUUCGAAAUUUUCGGCGCAGGCAACAACGAUAAGAAGACGAUGUGAAAGUGGAGGCUUCGAAUUUGUAAAACCAAUUUCUUCUGCACAUAAAGCUUUAAGCCAUCAUCAGUUGUUGUCGGGAAUACGAAUAAAACCGACACUGGGAGACUAUGAACGUCCUAGGUUGUGUUUGCGAAAACGUGGCGAGUCAAGGAGUGGCGAGGCUGAAUCUUCUUCUACUUCGAAUACGGGUUCCGAAAACGUUGCAGAAUCUGGAUAG